AUGCAAGAUACUAAACACACAGACUUUGAUGAAAGCAUGUAUAUUAGUGAAUGUAAUAGUGAACAUGAUACCGAUGAUGAAGACGAGAUGGAACUUGAAGAUUAUGAGCUUAUGGACAAUGAGAAUGAAUAUUUGAAUAAGUUUAAUCAUCAAAACAAACUUCAAUCUGAAUGUGAUUCCGAAGAAAAUAGUGGAUCAGAAUCUGGCUUUGAGGAGGCUGCUAUUGACCAAUUAGAUCACAUUACUUCUCAGGCUCUCAAUCAAGCACCUUUGCCCAUUGUCAAGACUGAUAAACAAAUUAAAUCAAUAAAUGAACAGUGGUUCAAAUUAAAUGAAUCAAUUGAGAAAGCUCUCUGUUCCCAUCGCAAUGCACCAAUUUGA